CUCAACAUCUCCAUUAUUGUCUGUUUGUCCCCCUACUUCUUCCAUGUCCCCUUGUUCCUCUUGCUUCCUCCUUGGUUUUCCCUUCGACCGCACGUGUGGCCGUUGAUUCGCGCCAAUUUGCCGUCUGGGAAAUAGCGCCACUCGGGUUCCAAAUCAAUCACGUGAUCUACUCUGUGCGCAUCUAUCUCGACCCAUCCGGGAAUCGACAACAACAGCAAGAAUCCGGCAUCAUCUCGCAUACCCAUCGUCAACAUCUCUUUCCAGUGAAUCGCCACUAUGGCAAACAAUCAUAGAUAUUCUUCUUGCUAGGCGUCCAUCGUCUGGCGCAGUCGGUCACCGAAGAGUUGUCCUUGCACCCAGCCGGGAACGCGCUCAUCGUUGCUUCGUCUGGCACACAGCUAUCUCCGCCAGAUACGUCACCUCCACUUCACAACAAAACAAGCGGGAGCUGUAUCGGUUUUCAUCCAGAAUACUUUGUUCGGUUGCGCUCUUCAAUUAUUGGAGACUGUUACCUCUAUUAAACCUCAUCCGCUCCACAACUUCGGGUUCAAGGUCCACCCAUUGCCCUUUGCUCAUUUGGCCACCUUACGGAGCUUCCGGCAUCAAAACAUCCACAAGCAUGAAGUUCCUUCCGCUCAGUGAGUUUGAGGACGUGACAAGUGCGCUCAACUUUGACACGGAAGACUGCCACGUAGUUGGGGGAUGUGAUCUAUAUACAACAAAAGCUGCUGGAGGGGAUAAGAAGCUGUACAAGAAUAUCGAAAACUCUCUCGAAUCUCAAUAUGAAUCACUCUUGCGGCUCUCGGCGUCGCUCUCGCCUCCCAACGCUUCGCAUGCGGCUCAAUCACUGAACUUGUCCCGUUCAAGUCCUUUUGGCCCAUUGAGUGAACACUCAAGUCGACGGACAUUCGCAUACCUCAUCGCGACACUCAAUGCCAGCCAUCCCGAUUACGACUUCUCGCAUCUCCUCCGUCCAUCAGAUUUCCGCCGCGAAAGAAGCCUGAAGCGGGUGAUGAAUACCAUCGAUACCACAUUGUUCAACCUUCGGCCACGCCUAGAGAGAGACGUUACCCCUCCAUUACCUGCCACCUCUUCUGGCCCUCAUCCAACUGUUACAGCCCACUCAUGGGGACCUCGCAUGUGGAAAAUAAUAGAUGAUCAAAUGUUUUUGAAGGAGUGCGCGGUAUUCUGCUAUGCCCCAGAGGAAGACCCGUACGAUGGUGAAGAUGGCGCAAUCUGGAGCUUGAACUACUUCUUUUUCAACAAGACUAGGAAACGCGUUUGCUAUAUCUAUCUUCGUGGAAUCAGUAUCCUCAGCGGCCCAGCAGAUGGGACCACGACCCCAUCAUUGGCUGGGAAACGGUACGGCGACGAUGGAUUUUCAACGCCUGACUACGGUGCACGGAAACGUGCACGAUACUGGCUGGGCGAUCGUGCGUCGCUCAGAAUCAGCGAUUCAAGUAGCGAUGAGAAUGAAUCACCCGCGGCAACCGCAAGACCGAGCCGACCCGUUGUUGACGAAUAUGAUAAUUAUCUUCUUAGUGACGAAGACACCCGCUCAAGGUCUCGCAGCAAGAGCUCGGUUCGCGCAGUGAGCGAAGAAAUCGCCGAUGCCAUGGAGGUUUAAGUGAGGAGUGAUUUACUCUCCCAGCUCGACUGUUCAACUCAAGUCACAAAUCUCAUUGUUCUCAUCUAAAUAUCUGGCACGAUGGUUCUCUGCUUGCGUUUGAUUUAGGCAACGGAAUGUUACUAAAUGACGUCUACAUUCAUCGCCAGACCUCGGUGUGAAGGGUGGUGAAACUAUCGUGAAAUAUUUCCAGCGUAUUCGAACAUGCUAUUAUCAUGCCCAUUGCUAUUCUUUUACACUGAUUUUGACUUUUUGCUUUCCAAUUCCAGCUGAGUCCGACGGCAGUUUUUGGAGUGGCGUUCCGUGGACUUGUUUGACUUUAUUUUCUUUUGCUACCCGUUUUAUGAAUGAUAAUGACACGGCGCCUCGCUUGCAGUUUUUUUUUUUAUUCACAUCUCCCCCUCUACGGUAUUGUGCAUACUAAUCCGGUUAUGGGAGGUUGGGCGGUUUGCUGGGAUUUUCUUUUGGCGGAAGGGUGGCAUUUGCAUAUUUUUACAUAUUAUUACUAUUGCAGUUUUACUACUA